AGGGCGGGGAGCCCGGCUGCUGGGGAGGUGCUGCCCCCCCCCCCACACCACCGGGCGCAGGCGGCCUAGACCCCGGGAUGGACCUCCUAGGGCUAAUCUGAGAACAACCAAGUCCUAGUGCCUCUCGGGUCCGUAGGGCUCCACGUGCCACUCCCUGCAAGGUCAUCCAGAAAACAAUUCCUACACCCGUAGGUGCCCACAGAGCCGGUACCUCUGGUUCUGCGCCAGCGUGCCCCACCCGCAGGACGGCCAGGCUCUUUGAUUUCUACAGUCACCCACUUUCUAAAACCAAACCCGAGAGGAAGGGCAGGCCCAGGGUGGGGAUGCCCUGAAAUAUUCGAGAGCGGGACUGUUCCUACUUAAGAGAAGUUUACAAGAACGCUCUGUCUGGGGCGGGCGAGGCCGCAGCGAGGCGGGUCCGGGAGCUAGAGCAGGGCGUGGGCCGCGCGCCCCGGGUCGGGGGAGUUGGGGGCAGGAAGAGAGGGAGGAGACAGGGCUGGGGAGCGCCCGGCCGAGCGCCAGCCAGGCUCCUCCCGCUGCCGCGCCGCCUCCCUCUCCCCACCCGCCGCACGUACUAAGGAAGGCUCACAGCCCGCUGCGCUCGCUUUGCCGCCCCGCGUCUAGCUAGCCCAGCGUCCGCCGCGCCUCGUCCAAGGCUUGAACAGACCACAUCAAAAUGCCAUCUCAAAUGGAACAUGCCAUGGAAACCAUGAUGUUUACAUUUCACAAAUUUGCUGGGGAUAAAGGCUACUUAACAAAGGAGGACCUGAGAGUACUCAUGGAAAAGGAGUUCCCUGGAUUUUUGGAAAAUCAAAAAGACCCUCUGGCCGUGGACAAAAUAAUGAAGGACCUGGACCAGUGCAGAGAUGGCAAAGUGGGCUUCCAUCGCUUCUUUUCCCUAAUUGUGGGCCUCACCAUUGCAUGCAAUGACUAUUUUGUAGUACACAUGAAGCAGAAGGGAAAGAAGUAGGCAGAAACGAGGAAUUCCCCUGGCCCUGAUAACAGUUGUCCCAAAGGGUCACUUAAGGAAUCUGCCCCACAGCUUCCCCCAUGUAAGGAUUUCAUGAGCAGAUCAGGACCCUUAGCAAGUGUACAAAUAAAAUCUAACUCCCAUCUGAUAAGCAGAGAAAGAAAAGUUAAAUGCCAGACAAGCUUUUGAUUUUUGUAUUGUUUGCAUCCCCUUGCCCUCAAUAAAUAAGUUCUUUUUUAGUUCUGAAUUUGAGUUAGAAUGUUUGUUGCUCUUUCAGAAAUGCUUGUUCCCCAAGAGGCACCUUGCCCUUGGGCAGCUAGCACACAGCAGAGCUUUCCCACAGAACUGGCAAAAUGAGAAAACAUUCUUCAUUCAGGCUUGGAGUCUGACUUCUCUAAUUGCUCUGCCCUUGUAGCUGUGUCUAUAUGAAGAACUCAAAGAAUUGGGAGAAGGAAUAUAUUUUCUAAGUUUAUAGUUAUUGGGCACAGUUUUGCCCAGUUAAAUCAGUGCUUUUCUAGCCAGCACUGUGCAUUCCUACAAUGGCUGAAUUCAUUUUUCAUAGCAAAGUGUCAGCAAACCUAGGGCAAAAAUAGAACCAAAGGAGAAGAGGGUAGCCUGACACCUUGGUGAUCCAUCACAUUAGCAUCUAUUAAGUCAACUCCCAGAUGUCAGGAAAUAUGGUAAGCAUGACUCAUACAGGGCAGUGCACUUUUGUUGAAAAUGAAGUGUCAGUACUGAUGUCUUAACAGAUAAUAAAUGCAAAAUGUUUCUCCCAGGCCUUUUCUGUGCCUGUUAAAAGGUUCAGGGUAUAUGUGCAUCACAUGCUAUAUGUUUAUUAAUAACACAGUACUCUAUACUUUUAUGGAGAGGUGAUAUAUGAAUUCCAUGAAUUGGCACAUGGCAUUGUUCCGAGUAAAUAGGUCAAAGAAGAUGGAAUCUUUACUUCUAUGAUUGGACAUGUCAAUAUAACUGGGGAAAACUUCCAUCACACUCUGGGAAAAAGUACAAUAUAAGGUUCUCUAUAAUCACAAGGAAAAGCAUGCAAAAAAGGACAGGAUAGUUCAAAACUGGCUUUGAUAGAAAGAAGUUCAUAAUAAAAUCAAAGUCAA